AUGGUGUUGCUGCUGCGGCGCAUGGUGUUGGUGGUGCUGCUCGUCCCAGAGGUGCUACUUAGCGAGCACUGCGUCACGGCCAUCUGCGGCCAGGGCUCCAAGCCGGCGCACCACGUCGAGGUUCGGUUAGAGCCGCCGCUGAACGUGAACCCUCCCGAUGGGCUGUACUUUAUCGCGCGGCUCCACAGCGCGGCCGAUGGCCUGCCGAAGUCCGACGAUGAGCACCACGGGCACGUCGACGACGACGGCGCGCCAACUUCACAUGUAUUUGAUGCGGCAGGCCUGUCCAAGUACCGGGAGUGGGGCGUGCCGCAGCCGCUGGGCAUCUGGGCCGACGACGUCAUCACCGUCUCCAUCCACGCGGCCCGCACCGAGGCGCACUUCGACCGCUGCAAGUACGAGGACGUCGCCGAGCUGCACCUGCCCUGGGAGUUGGUGUGCCGGGGCGCGCCUGCGGGCGAGGAGAUGGUCUUCGACCUUGCCAUGGCCAGAGGCGUUCCUUGGCUGGGGAAUAACGCGCUGCAGGGGCAGUACCAGGAGAGGCGUUCCGGCGCUCGCGCGACGCGCUGA